UGUGACUGGCAGGGAGAAGGCAAUUCCCGGCUGGUGGUCCGUAUCUGAGCAGGGCCUGGCGGGAGGUGGUGAGAACGAGGGUGUCAGGAUGUUGGGCUGGGUCCAGAGGGUGCUGCCUCAGCCCCCAGGGACCCCUCAGAAGACCAAGAUGGAGGAGGAGGAGGGGGCAGAACCGGAGCCAGAGCUUGGCCUGGAGGCAGAGCUGGAACCAGCGCCGGAGCCUGACACAGCCCCCCAGGAGGCCAAGCUAGAAGAGGAGUGCCUGCCACCAGAGGAGUCAUUCGAAGGGGAGGAAGGAGCUGUGGCUGACCCGAGCCCUGAGGAGACCCAGAAGGCCGCCUCUCCUCCGCCCACGUCCCCCCAGGCCCAGCUUGCUGUGGUCCCUGGAGUGAACAGUCCCAGGGCCUGGGUGCUGACCUGGCUCAGGAGGGGCAUGGAGAAGGUUGUCCCACAGCCUGUCCACAGUGGCCGUCCAGCCCAGAGCACUGCGAUCAGCUUGGAGGGCCCGGAUCAGGCAAGAGCACAGAUCCUUGGGCACUGCAGCACUGGGGUCUCAGAUGGAUCCAGUGAGGCCUCCAGGGCAAAGGACACUGGGCCUGGGCCCUGGCUGCUCAGGUGGUUUGAGCAGAACCUGGAGAAAGUGCUGCCUCAGCCUCCAAAAACUUCAGAGGGCUGCAGAGACGAGCCUGCAGAUGCUGCCUUGGGCCCAGAACCCCCGGGACGCCCCUUGGAAAUGGAGCCCAUGCUGCAGGCCCCAGAAAGUCAGCCCCUGCCCACUCCCAGCCCCCCCGAGCCUGAGGAGGAGCUGACUGCAGAGCCCCAGCCUGGCUUCCAGGCUUCCUCCCUGACCCCGCCUAGGGGUCCUGCCAGGUUGGUGGUGUGGCUCCUACAUAGACUGGAGAUGGCCCUGCCGCAGCCAGUGCUCCGGGGGAAGGCUGGAGAGCCGGAGCCUAACCCGCCUGUGCUGUGUGACGUGCAGACCAUCAGCAUCCUCCCUGAAGAGCAAGAGGAGCCCGAUCUCAUCCUAGAAGAGGUUGACCCUCACUGGGAGGAGGAUGAGCAGCGGGAGGGCAGCACCAGCCCACAGGGCUCAGAGGCCGUGGCUUCAGCUGACGAAGAGAAUGAGGCCGUGGAGGCGAUGCCCAGGGAGCUUCCCUGGAUUCAAGAGGAGAACGAAGAGGAGGAGGAUGAGGAGGAGGAGGAGGAGGAGGAGGACAAGGAGGAGAAGGAGCCUGAGGUCUUGCUGGAUAGCUGUCUGGGGACAAAGGCCAGUGAGGACUCGAACGGAGUAGCCAGGACAGUCACCCGGAGGGCCUCAUGUCAGCAAGGCCCCUGGGCCCUGGCUUCUCUCUCUCUCUCUCUGACUGCCCCUCCUUCCUCUCCCCAAGUUCCUGCUACAGAAGAGCACCCAGAAGUGCAGGUGGAAGACACUGAUGCUGACAGCCACCACCUCAUCCUGGAGGAUAAGCCACCCUCCCCCGAGCUGCUGCCACCUUCUCCUGCCAAGUCCGACACCCUCACAGUCCCAGGAUCGGCCGCAGAGACACACAGGAAGAGGCUGCCCUCCCAAGACAAUGAAGCUGAAGAGGUCAAGGUGCCGUCACCAGCUGAAACACCCGUGGUUGCCUGGUCGGACACCCCAACCCUGCAGGGCACUGAUGGCCAGGACCGCGCGUCCUCAACAGCCAGCCAGAACAGCACCAUCAUAAACGAGCGGCUCCAGGAGCUAGUGAAGCUCUUCAAGGAGCGGACGGAGAAGGUGAAGGAGAAGCUCAUUGACCCAGAUGUCACCUCCGAUGAGGAGAGCCCCAAGCCCUCUCCAGCCAAGAAAGCCCCAGAGCCAGCCCCAGACACGAAGCCAGCUGAGGCGGUACAGGUGGCGGAGGAGCACUACUGUGACAUGCUGUGCUGCAAGUUCAAACGCCGCCCCUGGAGGAAGUGGGAGUUCCCCCAGAGCAUCGACCCGCUGACCAACCUGAUGUACAUCCUGUGGCUGUUCUUCGUGGUGAUGGCCUGGAACUGGAACUGCUGGCUGAUCCCUGUGCGCUGGGCCUUCCCCUACCAGACGCCAGGCAACGUCCACUUCUGGCUGCUGCUGGAUUACCUGUGCGACCUGAUCUACAUCCUGGACAUCACCGUGUUCCAGAUACGUCUGCAGUUUGUCAAAGGAGGGGACAUCAUUACAGACAAAAAGGAGAUGCGCAAUAACUACCUGAAGUCUCCCCGCUUUAAGAUGGACUUGCUCUGCCUGCUGCCCUUGGACUUUCUCUACUUGAAAUUCGGCGUGAAUCCCCUCCUGCGUUUGCCCCGCUGCCUGAAGUACAUGGCCUUCUUUGAGUUUAACAACCGCCUGGAAUCCAUCCUCAGCAAAGCCUACAUUUACAGGGUUAUCAGGACCACCGCCUACUUGCUCUACAGUUUACACUUAAACUCCUGUCUGUAUUACUGGGCGUCAGCCUAUCAGGGCAUUGGCUCCACUCACUGGGUUUACGAUGGCGUGGGAAACAGUUACAUCCGCUGUUACUACUGGGCUGUGAAGACCCUCAUCACCAUUGGCGGGCUGCCCGACCCCAAGACGCUGUUCGAAAUCGUCUUCCAGCUGCUGAACUAUUUCACAGGCGUCUUCGCUUUCUCUGUCAUGAUCGGACAGAUGAGAGACGUGGUGGGGGCCGCCACGGCGGGGCAGACCUACUACCGCAGCUGCAUGGACAGCACAGUGAAGUACAUGAACUUCUACAGGAUCCCCAGGUCCGUGCAGAACCGCGUCAAGACCUGGUAUGAGUACACCUGGCACUCCCAAGGCAUGCUGGAUGAGUCAGAGCUGAUGGUGCAGCUUCCCGACAAGAUGCGGCUGGACCUCGCCAUCGACGUGAACUACGACAUCGUCAGCAAAGUGGCCCUCUUCCAGGGCUGCGACCGGCAGAUGAUCUUUGACAUGCUGAAGCGGCUUCGCUCUGUCGUCUACCUGCCCAACGACUACGUGUGCAAGAAGGGGGAGAUAGGCCGCGAGAUGUACAUCAUCCAGGCAGGGCAGGUGCAGGUCUUGGGUGGCCCUGAUGGAAAGUCUGUGCUGGUGACUCUGAAAGCUGGAUCUGUAUUUGGAGAAAUAAGCCUGCUGGCGGUAGGGGGCGGAAAUCGGCGCACGGCCAACGUGGUGGCCCAUGGCUUCACCAACCUCUUCAUUCUGGAUAAGAAGGACCUGAAUGAAAUUCUGGUGCAUUAUCCCGAGUCUCAAAAGUUACUCCGGAAGAAGGCCAGGCGCAUGCUGAGAAGUAACAACAAGCCCAAGGGGAAGAGCGUGCUCAUCCUUCCGCCCCGGGCCGGCACCCCCAAGCUCUUCAAUGCCGCCCUGGCCGCCACGGGAAAGAUGGGCGCCAAGGGGGCAAAGAGCGGCCAGCUGGCUCACCUCAGGGCGCGACUCAAAGAGCUGGCUGCGCUGGAGGCGGCUGCGACGCAGCAGCAGCUGCUGGAGCAGGCCAAGAGCUCAGAAGACUCCACGGGAGAGGCAGGCUCCACCGCCCCCCACCAGCCUGCACCCCCAGAAGCCCCAGCCCCAGGCUUUCAGCCACCUGCCUCUCCAGGGGCAACUGAGGAGGGGACAGCUGGUCCUGAGGAGCACUCGGUGGGGAUCCACAUGAGCCCGGGCCCGGACCCUGGCAAACAGGUCCUGUCGGUGGAGAUCCCAGAGGAGAAGAAAGAGGUGGAGUGAGGUGCCCCUCCCAUGCGUGCCCAGCAGCCAAGAUGCUGGUCCACAGUGGUGGCCUCAGUAGUCUCAGCUACCUGCUGGCCAACAUUCCUGCUCCAACAUCACCAAACUUCCUAGUGUCUCUAGGUUCCCACCAUCACUUGAGAACCCUACCUCCCUUGACUAUUAUUGUAAAGAACACUACUUUUUUCUAUUGUGAAAGUUCACAGGUAGAAGGGGGCUUUGACACCACGGGAUGCUUUGUUGGAGACAUCAAGGGUUUUGAAUGUUGGGGGUUUCCCUUCAGGAAUCUGGCUCCCACAUUUCAAGGACAGAAGUGUCCAGCGGAAAGGCAGGCAGUCGUCCUGUCCCUUUGACUCAGCAGGAAUCGGGCACCUCGAACCCCGCGCAGGACGCUCUUGCUGAGCAGUCACGCUAGGAGCUCGAUGCCUGUUUUUGUCCCUCAAACUAAAAGCAGAACCUUCAUUUCCCCUGUGAAAAAAUCACCCAUUUUUAGGUGGGUCUGAGCAUUUCCUAAUCCCAGGGUCAGGAACAGAUGUAUCUAGUUGAUGACAUAUCACAUGAUCUGAGUAGUCAUAGCAUUGAAUAUAAUGAUGAGCGACAUCAUUUUACCCUUUCAAAAAGCUUUUGUUAAUUUAUUUUAAUAGGUAGUAACAUAUUUACAUGGGUAUGAAAGGAUACCCAGUAAACGUUCUCCCUCUUACCCCUGGCACCCAAUCUCCCUGGCCCCCUUCCUGGAAGCAACCACUAUUAUGGUGAAUUUGUUAUAAAGAAACUUGAAGCUUUUGCAAAGAAAUGUAUGAUUUUCGUGUCUGGAAGUAUCAUAACAUUUACAUGCUCUACCACCGGCGCGCAUUUGCACUAUUUCCAAUCUCAGGCCAGUAAACAGAACACUGCAAUAAAAAAUUACGCACAGACAUCAUUUUACUGGUAAACACUGUUUUUAAAUAGGAGAAGUCUGGAGGUUUGGGCUAAGUCUUUUCUUUACCAUCCCCAUUUUUCAUUCUCACACUUGCACAGCAUAUUCUAAGGUCCAAGCACAGAGAAUGCUUUCGUCUGUACCAAGUAUUUCAGAUACGUCAAUAAAGUAAGCACCUUGCUCUUCAUGAUGGCAAAAUGUUUCCAGGGCACCUCACUGUGAGAUCCUAUUUUAUAAGGAUUUUAAAAUACGAACAUACUUAUUCUUUUCGAUAGCAACCCUUGAAUGUAUACUGCUUAUUAUAUAAAGUGAGAGAUUUUUAAGAUUCCCAAGAAUUCUCCUGGAAAAAAAAAAAAAUUGAUUUUGAGAUGAGAUUAACAGUGUCUUAAUCUCACUGAGCUAUCUCAUUAAACUUGACAAUUUCACAGAACUUGGAUAUUAGAUACAUUUAAUUUGAGGCCAGCAUUAUUCUCCAAAUAGGGCGGAAUGGGUUGAUCGCCAACGUAUGGAUGGAACAGCUCAGAACACGGUAAUUCUGCAGCUGAACCAGGACCUUUAUUUAUGUCGGUUGAGUCUCUACUAACUUAAAAUGUCUCAGCACCUCCUGAGUUUUGGUAGAAAAUUAAUAGCAAGCUAUUUUUUUAAAACUACAUAAACAUUUUAAAUAAAAUUAAAACCAAGAAGUUGUUUAAAAUUUCAUUAUCAAAAUGUGUUCAGCUACCUGGAAUAUCUUCAUCUGUUUUCCUAGUAAACGUGAACACUGCAUUUUACCCUCUGGCUUUCAU